AAUGCAAGGCUUGCAGGACGGAUCGGAGCGAGGCAGCUCCUCGGUUCCUGCAAAGAAGAGAGGAGCGCGAGAGAGACGGGAAACUUGUGAAAGCGAGGAAUAAAACGCGUUUGCGCGCUGCCAGUUGCGAAAGAGCUCAAGGGCAGGAGGUUAGUGGCGAGAUGGAAGAAAGCAGCCUGGGCACCAUGCAGCAGAGAGCGACCGAGCUGGAGCACAUGGCCGAGGUCCUGCUUACUGGGGAGCAGUUACGGCUCAGGCUGCAUGAAGAAAAGAUAAUUAAAGAUCGGAGACAUCACCUGAAGACGUACCCAAACUGCUUCGUUGCCAAAGAACUGAUUGACUGGCUGAUUGAUCACAAGGAGGCCUCUGACAGGGAGACUGCAAUUAAGCUGGUGCAAAAAUUACUGGAUCGUAGCAUCAUUCACCACGUUUGCGAUGAGCAUAAGGAAUUCAAGGACCUCAAACUUUUCUACCGCUUCAGGAAAGAUGAUGGAACAUUCCCACUUGACAACGAAGUGAAGGCAUUCAUGAGAGGACAGAGGCUUUAUGAAAAGCUGAUGAAUACCGAAAAUGCACUUUUACAAGCCAGGGAAGAGGAAGGAAUAAAAUACGAACGCACUUUCAUGGCAUCUCAGCUGAUUGACUGGUUGAUCCAGGAAGGAGAGGCCACCACAAGGCCUGAAGCUGAACAACUUGGUCGCAGGCUGCUGGAGCACGGAAUUAUACAGCAUGUGUGCAACAAACACCAUUUUAUAGACAGCAAUCUGCUGUUCCAGUUCCGAAUGAAUUUCCGCCGGAGGAGGAGACUGAUGGAGCUGCUCGCUGAGAAGUCUCGCUUGAUGCCGGAGAGUCACGACAGUCCCUUUUGUCUACGAAAGCAGAACCAUGACAAUAAAAAGCACACCAGUUUCCUCUCAGUGAGUCCCACCAAAGAGAUAAAGAUUGUCUCAGCAGUGAGACGGAGCAGUAUGAGUAGCUGUGGCAGUAGUGGGUACUUCAGCAGCAGCCCAACGCUCAGCGGCAGUCCUCCAGUUCUGUGCAACCCCAAAUCUGUAUUGAAGAGACCAGUGACUCCUGAUGAACUUCUGAUGCCUGGGGCACCAUAUGCCAGGAGAACCUUCACAAUUGUAGGCGAUGCCGUCGGGUGGGGAUUUGUGGUGCGUGGGAACAAGCCUUGCCACGUUCAAGCUGUGGAUCCCAGCGGCCCAGCAGCUGCAGCAGGAAUGAAGGUCUGCCAGUUUGUGGUUUCGGUGAAUGGGCUGAACGUCCUCCAUGCAGACUACAGGACAGUGAGCAAUCUCAUCCUGACUGGUCCUCGAACCAUCGUCAUGGAAGUGAUGGAGGAGAUAGAGCCUUGAGGAGGACACUUUGAGAUGAGGACAUAUACCUUGUCCAAGACAAUUAUCCUGCCUUCAAAGUGCUUUCCUCCCUCCCCUACACCCCCAGUUUACCAAUAAUAAAUACUUGGGUGGAUACGCUCUUCAGCCAAUGUUCGUACCCAAGUGGAUCCGUGGUACUGAUGUGCAGACUCACCUGCGCUAUGCUAUGGGCCAACUGCAUAUCAGGGAUGUAGCCAGCUCAGGUGGCCUGCAUCACAGAUGGCUAUGGCACCAACAGAAGGGCCAGAAUCAUGUCAGGAAUCAUAACCUCGCAGGUUUCCACCAAUGCUAUGCCGCCCCUCUUUAACUUCACAAUUUUAUUUCUGCGAUGGAGUAGCCGCUGAGAGCAUCCAAAGGACUUUCGCCUUGGGAAUUGGCAGCAUCGUAUAUUUUCAUUCGCACUUGUUAUCGGAACUGUAAUGUGCCAGUUGAAAGCAUCGCCAGGUGGUGUGUGUGCGUUGCUUCAGGAUGCUGUAGCAGAACAUCAAAGUCUAAUAAAUUAAAAGGAGAUGUGGGUUACAGCAAAUGUGGCCUAAGUGAACAAUUUGGAUACACCCCAUGCAUUUUUCUGGCAUUAAGUCUUAAGUUGCAGAAUCAUCAAGUUCAAAGGGACCCGAGGGUCAUCUAGUCCAACCCCCUGCAACACAGGAAUCGUUUGCCCAAUGUGGGGCCUUGAACCCACAUCCCUGAGACCAAGAGUCCCAUGCUCUAUCCACUGACCAUUGGUCAGUGACUGAGCACAUGCUCUGCAUGUAGAAGGUCCCAGACUCAACUCUUGGCAGCUACAGCCAAGGAAGUAGCGAUCAGAAAAGCUUCUGGCAGAGACCCUGGAGAUCCACUGUGAGGAUCUGGGUUUGCAUCUCUCCUCAAGCUUCCUGGGCAAGUCACUAUCUCUCAUCCUAGCCCAUGUCAGAGUGUGGAUAAAAUGGGAUAACCGCCUUGCGUGUCACCCUGCACUCCAGAGAAGUGUCAGGAUGUAAAUAUGAGCAAAUAAAAUAUUUCUCAGUCUCGAUGCCGCAUCUUAAAAAUGAGGACAGUAACGAUCUACCUCCCGGGAUUGUGGUGAAUGUAAAAAUCCUUCAAACUUGUGCAUUAACUGAGCUUUCAUAGGCCAUAUAGUUCCUUGAAAAGCGUGACUUUAAUAGCACCAUGAUAACUAACAGUAUGAUGCUCAGUGGCUUAAAAGAGCCUAUUGCGUGGAAUGACUGGAUCUGAGAGGCUUUGUUUAGCCUCGUUUUCUAAAUGCUAAAAAUAGAGGAAGCUGCAGCCAUACCUGCAUUAAAAUGUGCUUCUUUCACUGUUGAGUAAUAUGCGCUUGCUUUUAAAAGAGCAGAGCUUUCACUUUUU